AUGUUCACCUAUGUAGAUGCCUUGUUCAAUGGUCUGACACUGCUGCAACUGGCUCUGAUUUCGCUCUUCACUAUUCCCCUUCUUAAUGAAAAGCACCAGGUGGAAAUUGACCAUUCUUGUGAACCAGAAUUUCAGAAAUGCACUGGCAAAAGUCCCAAGUUAAACCCAGGGAUGAAGCGCAAACCUCAACCCCUCAAGCCAAGUUCUACAGUCAGUGAAAAUAUUUUGGUACUGCAAUUCUACUAUCAUUCUUUUUAAAAUAUAAAAUUGCAGGUUUUCCCACAGUUUCUGUACGUACAUCAGCUAUAUGUGCGCUUCUCCGUUUUUCUAUUACACGAUUGUCUUACAAACACGCCAUCAGGUGGUACAGCCACACAACUCAAACCCUGCAAUUGUUUGCAAUUAAAGAACUCCUGAAGCGGCCGGCAAGUAUUUCACUGAACUACCAGUGCCCACUUUUGGAACAACGACAACCUUCGGGAAGUGUGCAAUUCCAGAAAGACCAUCAACCCAGUGUGAUCCAGCAGCAGCUCCUAUGCAGCCGUCUGCUGUCACUUGGAUCAGAGACAAGACAACAUACAAGAAAAGGUGUUUGCAACUGAGAACAGUGGCUGGAACAUGGUGGGUGGGUGUGGUUGUCUGUCUUCCCAGGCUCCUUAUGCUCCCCAUUUACUCCUUUAAUUACCCCAAAGUGUAUUUCUACAUAUAUAGCAGGAGACCAAAACACUGGAAAGAAAAUACAGUCUUAAAGAGACUGGUAAAUUAAUUGUGAUGCCUAUGUUGAAUUUCUAUUUAUUUUCUUGAGUCAGGGUACUACAAUCAAGUGUUAGCAUAUAACUGAGGAUGCUUCUAGAGUCCAUGUUCUGUUUUCUGUGAAGCUCAUUGUGUUUAACACAAUGUGACAAAUCAGGUAAAAACUGUUAACUUUAUUGUUUUUCUCUGGUGCUGUCAGAGUGUAUGCUUUUGCACAUUUGAAGUGCAGUCUGAAAGCAAAUUAUGUAUAUAAUAAAUUACCCCCCCCUCCAAAUCUGGGGCAAACUGGUGGAGACGAUAGUGGUGGGGAAGCUACAAGAAUUAUUGGAAAACACAGAUAAUUAAAUGCAUUCCCAUCUGGGCUGAAUCCUGGCCAUGGGGGCUCAAUCCCCCCAAUAUUGAGGGGGCCAACAUCCCCCGUUGGGUUGCUGUUAUGGGGAUGCAAAUGACAGCCACCAUCAGCUGCAAGAGACACACGCCAUAGGUAGCGGAGCGGGAAAUGCAACAGAAGGACACAUCUUGGUCACAUCGAGAGAUAUAACUUCACAGAGAACUGGGACUGCAGGUACAAGGCAGGGCACACUGAGCAGACCUCAUCCUGGCCACCCAGGAUGAGAAAGAAGGGGAAACAUUUGAUUUUAUCUAUUUGCAUACUGCAGGGAAUCACAACAGGUUUCCAAACAAAUAAACAAUUUUUAACGAAGAAGACGGAACCAGAAUGAUUGGCAACUAAAGCAAAAUCUUUAGUUUUAUCAUCACAUCUUAAAGCAGCCUAUGGGAGAAAACAAUAAAUUUGGUGCAGGGUACAAGUAGCCGAGUGGGACACAUUUAGGUCACAUUGAGGAAUUUCACCACCAAGAGCCAAGGAAAUGGGACUGGCCAGCGAGGCAAAGAUGGAAGAGAAAUUGGAAUGUUAAUUUCCCACACACACACACAUUUGAUGGGGCAGCUACAAGAAUUCUUGGGGGGAAGGGGUUUGCAGAACAAUUAAGGAAACAGUUCAAAGUAAAAUAUUUAGGACCAGCAAAGAACUAUCUUGGUCUAGAGAACCAGUGAUGGAAGUUUUUUGUUAAGUGAAAGAAACACAAUAAUUGAAAGCAACAACAUGCACAACUGGUUAUAAAGUUGGGAAUUGUGUUGCAGGAUGUGUGAAUACUUUUGUAUUUGUUUAUAAUGCUGUAUUGUUUCUGUUUGAAUGAGAGGGGGUGUUAGGAAAACGUUCUUUAAGAAACAGAUAAAAGUUCCUGGAAGCUUUAAAAAGGGUUCCAGAAUUUUCUUUAGUGCCUAGGAGUGGCACUCUAGGAUUGAUUGGUGUCCACUGGAGGUGCAAAUAAGAGAGGAAGUUGCAGGCUGCAAUGUCUGUACAAGGAAAGCACACGCACGUGCGCGUGCGCACGCACACACACACACACACACACACACACAGGCACGCACAAAGUAUCUGCACACACGCUGACAACAAGGUUGGAAGUAAGACAAUGUGUGCUGCUGAUACUGUGAGUUUUGCUGUGUCAGGAUUCUUAAUUCCUGGUUUGAGAUUAUACUGUGCUGGAGAUAUAAAGAAGGAAUUUCAAUUUGCAGUGUUGCAUUUAACUUGCCUUAAAAGGUGGAGAGAGAAAUGUAGUAUUUGCACUUACAAAAAAAGAAAAGAUGAGAAAUGGGGGGCGGGGGGAAAUUGUGCAUGUCCUCCACUUUGUAUAACAAUAGCUUAAAAAUGAAUAAGUGGUUUAUUAAUAAAUAAAGGAAAAAAGAAUAUUUUUUCUUUAUCUUCUGGUAGGAAACCAUUCUAAUAUUCUGUGUGUAAAAAGUAUCUGUAUUAUAUUGUAAUUUGAAUUUUGUGUAAUUAAGACAACAACCUCGUGCACUCUGCAAAAACAAGACCAAGAAAGAAUUUAAAGAGCUUCUUUCUGCUGCUCUCAUUCACCGUGUUGAGUGUUGUGAGUGUGGUGGCUUGCAUUGCCUUGGUCCGCUUCUCAGUGACCAUCCGUAGAGGGUGGGACAAGCCAUUCCUUGGACCUCCGCCAGGAUCCAAGAGGAGUCACCCCACCACCAGUGCUCUUCCAGUAGGGGAGAGUAGUGGAUCCGGGUGUGCAUGAGUGGCAGGGCCUCCUGAGACCUCUAGUCGUCUUUCCAAUGGACAAUGUAUGCUGGUCUGUAUGAUCCCUAUCAAUAGUUAUUAUGAUUUCUUCAUUCAGUGGGGCUUGAAAAUAAAGUUAUUUUUCACAUCCAAAAAAACCAAGAAAAAGAAAAACAUUUAUUUGAAUUUUCAUUCAGUAUGGAAAAGGAGAGAAGAAAGAUGCAGUGCUUCAUCAGGCACAAUCAUUAGAGAGGUUCAUUUAGGGAUUAAUUAACAAAAAAAGAGGAGGGAGUCCUAACAGCCAGAGAGGGCGCUCUGCUUGGAAAGCAGCAAAGCUAUAUGUACUCAUCACUCCUUUUCUGCACCAAGAUCAAAUCCCUUUUCGAAAAGCCCUUAGAUUGGCUACCCAAAAGAAACAUUGGAAAAAAUAACAGAAACACUAACAGAAUAAUCCGGAAAACCAAAGCAAUAAUCACCACAUCUUAAUACAUUCUAUGGCACAAAACCAUUAAAACCUGUACUGGGAAGAAAUAUAUUUGUGUUAUAAUUGAUUAUGUUUCUAGAUAUUUGGGCUAUUAUCCUGCCCAACCCUGCUGUAGAUCACCUCGUGAAAUCUUUCAACCUAACAUCUAAUGACAUCAGCUACAUGAACGCUUCAGCCCUCUUCUAUAGCAAGAUGGAUUCCCUUGCAAAAACGCCAUCAAGUGCUACAGGCAUACAACGCAAACCCUGUGAUUCAAGAACUUUUCCAUUACUUAAACAGGUCCACAUUUGUCGCUGCGGCAGCAACACUGUUAACUUGAAUGUGCUGCACACCUGUGGUUUUCUGCCUCCCCCCACCUUCUUUUACUCCCACUUUCCUCCCCCAUAUCCUAAAACUUUCCUCUUCAUAGCUGCUGCUCAAGUACUAUCUUUCCUUUUCAAAUACAAAAUUGCAGGUUUCUCCACAGUUUCUUUACAUACAUCAGCAAUAUGUAUGCUUCAGCCCCUUCCUACACCAAAAUGGAUUCCGUUCCUAACAUGCCUUCAGGUGGUGCAGCCACACAGUUCACACCCUGCCCUUAAUGAACUUUUCAGUUACUGCACACACUCCAAAUUUGUGGAGGAUGCACCUGUGUUACUCGCAGCCGGGUAUCCCAAAACCUCUCAAAACAAGUUUCCUUUCUCCAUUUCUACACCAAGAUUCAAUCCCUUGCCAACACCUAACCAGAAGAUGCAGCUACACAACUCAGACCUUAUAUAAACCAUGGAUAAAAUAUAUAUUGGUGCAUUUCACCAAUCGAAGCCUUUGGUGUUAAGAAAAACAUGAAAGGAAAUUGGGCAACAUAUAAAAUGUUAUUAGAGGGGGAAAUUAAUAAAUUAAGAGGAAAGGUCUUUGAAAUCCACAUAUAUUUGACAGGCUGGCUCCAAUACUUCCAACUGAAUGAAAGACAAGGAAAAUAGGGUUUGCUGGAGAAAUAUCAAAACUAAAGUUAAAUCUAAUCCAGCCUAAAGGAAAAUAUCUAUCUAAAAUGUAUAAUCGCCUCUACAAUUCACACCCUGCCAUCAAAGAACUUUUGUCUCACUUAAAGUGCUCAACCUUUUCUGAGGAUGCACACCUCAGAACACACAGGGACAGAGGAAGCGAAAAGGACAGGCCGCACAACAAGCCAAUGACUUCUGUCUUCAAGGUAAAAUUUUCGGAUGACCCGGACCUUUUCUCAAAAGGGGGGGAAUACGAAGAACCGCUGGAAUACUGAGAUGAAGAGGAGGAGGAAGAAGAGGAGUACGACAAGAUUGGUAACCACAGAAUGCUUUCCAUUAUUGAAGUUACAAGAGAUGCAUUCUGACAAAAUGAAAAGCUUAGUACAAAUGAGAAGACAUUCCGUUGGCUCCAUAAUGAGGACCAAAUGGCUGUGGAGAACCUGUCCUGUGGAAUCAGAAAGUUUGGUGCUGAUGCAGUUAAAUUGGAGCAGAUGAUAAAGGAACGAAUGUUCAAUGCUGCAAAUGGAAAGUAGGCAUGCCAAACUUAUUGGAAGCUGUAUGGCUGUACAAGCUGCAUAUGAAUGGAUUUUCUGUAUUCCAGGAUUUUUAUAUGAUUUUGCAAACUUAACAUAUUCUCAGUGUGUUUGGCACUUUUGUAUAUCAAAAUUGAUACUGCUGUGAGGGGGGGAAUUGCAGAUGACUAAAAGACCAAUUGACUGGAAGGGUUUCCCUUCAAAAUGGUGGUGGUAGUGGUAAUAAUAAAAGUAUUGUGGUACCAAAAAAAAUUUUGAUUUUUUUUUUUAAAAGGUUAUAGAGUGGAUUUUUUAAUGUGGGUGUUCACCUAUGUGGGUGUCAGGGAAGAGUGCCUUGUUCAAUGGCCUGACACUGCUGCAACUGGCUCCGAUUUUGCUCUUCACUAUUCCCCUUCUUAAUGAAAAGCACCAGGUGGAAAUUGACCAUUCUUGUGAACCAGAAUCUCAGAAAUGCACUGGCAAAAGUCCCAAGUUAAACCCAGGGAUGAAGCGCAAACCUCAACCCCUCAAGUCAAGUUCUACAGUCAGUGCAAAAAAAUUGCAGGUUUUCCCACAGUUUCUGUACGUACAUCAGCUAUAUGUACGCUUCGCCCUCUUUCUACACCAGGAUUGUCUUAUAAACAUGCCAUCAGGUGGUACAGUCACACAACUCAAACCCUGCUAUUAAAUAACUCCUGUCAAGACACUUCUGAAGUGGCCUGCAAGUAUUUCACUGAACUGCCAGUGCCCACUUUUGGAACACUGGCCACCUCUGGGAAGUGUGCAAUUCCAGAAAGGCAAUCAACCCAGUGUGAUCCAGCAGCAGCUCCUAUGCAGCCAUCUGCUGUCACUUGGAUCAGAGACAAGACAACAUGCAAGAAAAAGGUGUUUGCAACUGAGAACAUUGGCUGGAACAAGCCGGGUGUGUGUGGUUGUCUGUCUUCCCAGGCUCCUUAUGCUCCCAUUUACUCCUCCUUGCCCUACAACUCUCAUCAUAACAAGUUUCCAAACAAAUAAACAACUUUUAACCAAGAGGAAGGAACCAGAAUGAUUGGCAACUCAAACUAGAGCAAAAUCCUCAGUUUUUUAAACCACAUCUUAAGACAGCCUAUGGGAACAGACAAUUAAUUUGGCUCAGGGUGCAGGUAGCCGAGUAGGACAUACGACAGAUGUAGAUGAACACAUCUAGGUCUAACUGAGGAAACUUGACCACACAGUGAUAAGGAAAUGGGACUGUCCAGCGAGGCAAAGAUGGAGGAGAAAUUGGAAUGUUAAACCCCCCAAAUCUGGGGAAAACUGGUGGAGACAAUAGUGGCGGGGAAGCUACAAGAAUUAUGGGAAAACACAGAUAAUUAAAUGCAUUCCCCUCUGGGUUGAAUCCUGGCCAUGGGGGCUCAAUCCCCCCAAUAUUGAGAGGGCCAGCAUCCCCCAUUAGGUUGUUGUUAUGGGGAAGCAAAUGACAGCCAUCUUCUGCUGCAAGAGACACACACCAUAGGGAGCCAAGCGGGACAUGCGUGGAAGGACACAUCUCGGUCAAAUCGAGAGAUAUAACUUCACAGAGAAGUGGGACUGGCAAGGGAAAUGGCCCGCUAGUCGAAGAUGAGGUAGAGGAAUGGGAAACAUUCAUCUGUAGAUCAUUUGCAUGCUGCAGGGCUUCAAACAAUGUUUCUAAACCAAUAAACAAAAAAUAAAUAAAAAGUUUUGUUCAUGGUAACAUUAGCAUUGUAUACAGAAACAAUAGGUUCCUUUCAUAUCUUUAUGUAUUGGCUUAUUUAAAGUAUUUGUACUUUCCCUCUCCUUCUGAAAAGUUCAAAGCAUGAUUUAGCAAUUUAGAAUAUUGGUUAGAAAGCAGUAGGAGAGAUAACCUCCCCUCCUCCCCUUCUCUUUACUUAUUUGCUUCCAUUUUAAAGGGGGAAGAGAAGCAUACAUGUGUGAAAAGCAAUGUUGUCCAAUGAAAUUUGAUAUUGUCUUACACCAGGCCCAAAGACCUUUGAAGAAAAAUACAAUGGUGCAUACCAGGCUAUCAGCCCCUGUGUAGUUCAGAUUCUGCAGUUUGAUUGCACUCAAACGGCAGAACAUUCAGAGUGUUCCUUGCAGGCUUAAACUUAAAUACAAUGGGGCUCCAACCAUUUGUGCCAUAUGACCAAGUAAGGCAACCCCAAGUUACAUAAAUGCAGCUUGUAUGUAUAUUUUGGAUUAUAGUUUUUUAACAUCAUUUUUUGAGGGUGAAGGGGACUUUCAAGAACAUGAAAACUGAGGUGUCUUAGGGCUGUUUUGCCUCAUGGUUUUUGUUGCUCAACUCUAAUAGAGAGAACACACAUGUAUCCUUUUUUGGCAGGAAGGUUGAUUUCUUCAUCCAUAAAUUCUACUUCCUUUGGUGUGUGUGUUUUUUAAAAAAACUUUUCAUAAAAGCUUUUUGCAUAAUAACUCUUAAGCUGGUGUUUCUUUAUAAAAACCAAAUACACACACACACACACACACACACACACACAUGUACAUUGCAAUUUCUGCUGCAGUUUCUCAACGUACAUCAGCAGAGUUUAUGCCUCAAGAGGAGAGAAGUGAACGGCAGUGCUUCAUCAGCCACAUUUGCCUCUGCGGCAGCAACACUGUCAACUUGAAUGUGCUGGACAUCUGUGGUUUUCUGCCUCCCCCCACCCUCUUUUACUCCCACUUUCCUCCUCCAUAUGAUAAAACUUUCCUCUUCAUUGCUUCUGCUAUAGUACUAUCUUUCCUUUUGAAAUAAAAAAUUGCAGGUUUCUCCACAGUUUCUGUACAUACAUCAGCAAUAUGUAUGCUUCAGCCCUUUCCUACACCAAAAUGGAUUCCGUUCCAAACAUGCCUUCAG